AUGGAAAACACAGGGAAUAAUAGCGCAAAUAGUCAUAAUACUAUAAAUAGUAGAACAAUCUGUACUUUAAGCCGAGAGGAAAGAGAGGCCGUACUUGACAAUGUUCCCAGAUUCACAGAAGCCAUUCGCGCACAGGCUGAAAACAUUAUACCACGAAAGGAAGGCAGAUCGAUCAGGGCUCUCAGUUUGCUUUACGAUAGUAAGCCUGAUGAACGCGACAGAAUCUUGAAAGAAGGUCAUGCAAUAUUUGAAAGCCAACUAAGACGUAUUGAAGAGGAAGACGAUCCGCUUCAAAUCUACAUCAACUACAUAACUUGGAUGUUACAGAUGUACCCUGAGGAAUCGGCUGCUGAUUCAAAAAUCAUAGAGCUAUUGAAACACACGACAAUAAAAUAUAUAGACGACCCUCGGUAUAAAGAUGAUGUGAGAUAUUUAAAAGUUUGGUUGGAAUAUGCUUCUAUGGUGCCUGAGCCACACAAUUUAUUCAAAUUUUUGAUGAAGCAAGGAAUCGGGCAAAAAUUAGCAAAAUUCUACGAACACUAUGCCGAUUUUUAUGAAUCUACGGGCAAAUUCGAAGAAGCCAACCAAGUCUAUGAAUUAGGAAUUAGAGAAAAUGCAGUACCUUUAGAACGGCUGAAAAGGAGUCAUAUGACAUUCAAGUUGAAAGUGAAUGAAAGGAUCAAAAGAGGCGACAUAACCAAACCAAAACCUAAAGUGGCACUAUUGACGAGCAACUUUGACUCAAACAGAUCAACAACGUUACAAACAGCAGCAUCACCACAACAGCUCAUAUCACCGUCUUCAUUACCUACAAUCAAUGUUGAGCAAACGGGCUAUUUAUUUUCGGAAAAAGCAGCCUUAAGAGCAAAGCAUGCCAUUUUACCCUAUGAAAAUAAUAAUCAGUCAUCGGCAUCAUCAUCAUCCCAUAUUACUUCGGAACAAACGCCCUUAUCACCGUCUACAUUUAGAAGUUUGUAUGAUCAACCUCCAUCUCGCACUUUUAGGAGCGAAAAUCAACCAGCUGCCCAACAACUAGUAUAUAAAACACCUACAGUCUCAACCUCUUCACCAAGGAGGCCACAUCGAGAACCACAAUUUGCUCUGGGCCCUCAUGUAGCUACAUCAAUCGUUACAGCCAGGCAGCGUCCUGCCAAAAAGAUAAAGCGCGCUCCAGAAGACAUCACACAUAGUCCUGAAGGUUCAUUGUUAGCUUACUCUAAAGAUGAUAGCAAGCAAGAGUUUAAUAGGCGUUUAGAGAGACGAUUCGCAGCCCUUCGUUCUAAACUCUAUAUGCGUAAAGAACGUGGCAGGUUUAAAGAAUAUAUACAUGUCACUGCUGCUGACUAUGAUGAGAAUAUGAGUUUCGAAGAGGCCAGAGCGAAACACAAUGAAGAGCUCUUUUCCUAUUCAACUCCAGAAGAGGUGAUUGCACCGCCAGAAUUACCAGCUGUUACAGCUGAAACAGUAGUGAGAGAGGAAGAACAAUAUACAGAGGAAACAAGAGCAGCUAUGCAGUCAGUGAAUGCAAUUAUUACCAAAGAUAGCGAAUUAUACCACGCACCCGAUGAAGACGAUUUGACCUGGAAUAAGCCUUACCAGAUUUUCGCGAGGCCGCCUCGAAGACCUCAAACAAACGAAAACGAGGAGUAA